AGAUAGCAAUUUUAUUAUAUGUAUGAAAAUUACCAGAAAGGGAAAGCUCUUUGCAACUACCAUAUCAUUGAUGUGAAUUUUAGUUUGGAAUUUUCGGCCUUGACGAUAGAAUGGGUGCGCCGGGGCUCCAUAACUUGUAGAUAAGCCAACAAAAUAAGAGAAAGUCCACUUGUCCCUAUCCACAUCGAUCAUUAUAUUCUUCCCUUCUUCCAUUCUCCUUAAGCAGAUUAGAGAAAGAAUGAUGGAUGGCAUAGUGGCGGUGCCAUAUGAUGCUACGGUACGUUUGAUGCUGUCUUUGCUGGAGCGCAACCUCUUGCCAGAUGCCGUUAUACGACGCCUCACAAGACUGCUCUUAGCUACCCGACUUCGCUCUGGUUACAACCCAUCAGCCGAGCUUCAGCUCUCUCAUCUUCUCCACUUUGUACAUUCUUUAAGAGAGAUGCCUAUAGCUGUGAUGACUGAGAAGCCAAAGUCCCAACAUUAUGAACUUCCUACUUCUUUCUUCAAAAUUGUUCUUGGAAACCACCUCAAAUACAGCUGCUGUUACUUCAAAGACAAGUCGAGCACUUUAGAGGAUGCUGAAAAAGCGAUGAUGGAAUUAUAUUGUGAAAGGUCAGAGUUGAAAGAUGGACAAACUGUACUUGAUGUUGGAUGUGGCUGGGGCUCACUUUCUCUAUACAUAGCACAAAAAUACAGUGGCUGCAAAGUUACUGGAAUUUGUAAUUCAGUGACCCAAAAAGCACACAUAGAAGAGCAGUGCCGGGAGCUUCAACUGGGAAAUGUGGAGAUCAUUGUUGCAGAUAUUAGCACAUUCGAGAUGGAAGGAUCCUAUGAUAGAAUAUUGUCUAUUGAAAUGUUUGAGCAUAUGAAGAACUACGAAGAUCUCCUGAAGAAGAUCUCAAGAUGGAUGAAGCCAGAUAGUCUUCUCUUUGUUCACCAUUUCUGCCACAAGGCAUUUGCUUACCACUUUGAGGAUGUGAAUGAUGAUGAUUGGAUCACUAGGUACUUCUUCAGUGGAGGUACAAUGCCUUCUGCCAAUCUCCUCCUCUAUUUUCAGUGUGUAGAAGUGCCUAGAUCAGUGCAAUGCACUCCCAAGGAAGUCCAGAAAGAUCGAGCUAACUUGCAGGAUGACGUUUCUGUGGUUAAUCAUUGGCUCAUUAACGGAAAACAUUAUGCGCAAACAAGUGAAGAAUGGCUUAAGAGAAUGGAUAAGAACAUAAGUUCCAUAAAGCCAAUAAUGGAAUCAACUUAUGGGAAGGACUUAGCUGUUAAGUGGACUGUCUACUGGAGAACAUUUUUCAUUUCAGUUGCUGAACUGUUUGGUUACAACAAUGGAGAAGAAUGGAUGGUUGCACAUUUCCUCUUCAAGAAGAAAUGAACUUGGCAAGCAAAUCAUUUAAAAUUAUUAAGCAUGUCUACUUGCAUUUUACCUAAAAGCAUUAGAAGAGAAAACAGGUUCGUUCCUUGUUAUCUUUGCUCUAUUAACAUAAUAAAUUAGACUAGGAUGUGUCGCUAUCAUUGUUAGUUCUUAAUCAAAUUUUACCCAUCAUAUUCAAAUUCUAUAGACGAGAAUUUCCAUUAA